UUGGGCCCGAACCUCAGUUCCUUACGCGCGGGGCGCCGACGCUGCGCCAGGUGGGCCCGCCGCUGCCUCCCGCGCCAGGCUGUCCCCGCGGCCGCCUGGCCUUCCUUCCGCCUGCUGGCCGGCCCGCCCUUGGAGUUAACCAAGCCGCAAUGAAGAGCUUCUUACACUGAAAGGAAAGUAGGUCGCGCCCACUGAAAAUGCCUUUAAGGGACAAAUACUGUCAGACUGACCACCAUCAUCACGGAUGCUGUGAACCAGUUUAUGUCCUGGAACCUGGAGAUGCUCCUUUGUUACAGCAACCACUACAGACAUCCAAAUCUGGUAUUCAACAAAUAAUUGAGUGCUUUCGAUCAGGAACUAAACAACUUAAGCAUAUUUUAUUAAAAGACGUGGACACUAUUUUUGAAUGUAAAUUAUGCCGCAGUCUCUUCAGAGGAUUACCAAAUUUAAUAACCCAUAAAAAAUUCUACUGCCCACCAAGUCUCCAGAUGGAUGACAACCUUCCUGAUGUAAAUGAUAAACAAAGUCAAGCCAUAAACGAUCUCCUAGAAGCCAUAUAUCCAAGUGUGGACAAGCGAGAAUACAUUAUUAAGCUAGAACCCAUAGAAACUAAUCAAAAUGCAGUGUUUCAGUAUAUUUCAAGGACCGAUAAUCCUGCUGAAGUCACAGAGUCAAGCAGUACUCCUGAACAAACCGAAGUCCAAAUACAAGAAACUAGCACUGAACACUCUAAAACAGUACCAGUUACAGAUACAGAGGUGGAAACUGUUGAGCCCCCUCCUGUUGAGAUUGUUGCAGAUGAAGUUGCACCUACAUCUGAUGAACAACAACCUCAAGAAUCGCAGGCUGAUUUGGAAACUUCUGAUAAUUCUGAUCUUGGUCACCAGUUGAUAUGUUGUCUGUGUAGAAAAGAAUUCAAUUCCAGGCGAGGUGUUCGUCGUCACAUUCGAAAAGUACACAAGAAAAAAAUGGAAGAACUAAAAAAGUACAUUGAAACACGAAAGAAUCCAAACCAAUCCUCUAAAGGACGCAGUAAGAAUGUUCUAGUUCCAUUAAGUAGGAGUUGUCCAGUGUGUUGUAAAUCAUUUGCUACAAAAGCGAAUGUAAGGAGGCAUUUUGAUGAAGUUCAUAGAGGACUAAGGAGGGAUUCAAUUACUCCUGAUAUAGCAACAAAGCCUGGGCAACCUUUGUUCCUGGAUUCUGUUUCUCCUAAAAAAUCUUUUAAGACUCGAAAACAAAAGUUGUCUUCAAAGGCUGAAUACAAUUUAACUGCAUGCAAAUGCCUCCUUUGCAAGAGGAAAUAUAGUUCACAAAUAAUGCUUAAAAGACAUAUGCAAAUUGUCCACAAGAUAACUCUUUCUGGAACAAACUCUAAAAGAGAGAAAGGCCCUAAUAAUACUGCCAACAGUUCAGAAAUAAAAGUUAAAGUUGAACCAGCAGAUUCUGUAGAAUCUUCACCCCCUUCCAUUACCCAUUCUCCACAGAAUGAAUUAAAGGGAACAAAUCAUUCAAAUGAAAAAAAGAACACACCGGCAGCACAGAAAAAUAAAGUUAAACAAGACUCUGAAAGCCCUAAAUCAACUAGUCCGUCUGCUGCAGGUGGCCAGCAAAAAACCAGGAAACCAAAACUUUCAGCUGGCUUUGACUUUAAGCAACUCUACUGUAAACUUUGUAAACGUCAGUUUACUUCCAAACAGAACUUGACUAAACACAUUGAGUUGCACACAGAUGGGAAUAACAUUUAUGUUAAAUUCUACAAGUGUCCUCUUUGCACUUAUGAAACUCGUCGGAAGCGUGAUGUGAUACGACAUAUAACUGUGGUUCAUAAAAAGUCAUCCCGCUAUCUUGGGAAAAUAACAGCCAGUUUAGAGAUCAGAGCUAUAAAAAAGCCCAUUGAUUUUGUUCUAAAUAAAGUGGCAAAAAGAGGCCCUUCCAGGGAUGAAGCAAAAAAUAGCGAUUCAAAACAUGAUGGCACUUCUAACUCUCCCAGUAAAAAAUAUGAAGUAGCUGAUGUUGGUAUUGAAGUAAAAGUCACAAAAAACUUUUCUCUUCACAAAUGCAAUAAAUGUGGAAAGGCAUUUGCCAAAAAGACUUAUCUUGAACAUCAUAAGAAAACUCAUAAGGCAAAUGCUUCCAAUUCACCUGAAGGAAACAAAACCAAAGGCCGAAGUACAAGAUCUAAGGCUCUUGUCUGAUAACUUCAAGUGAUGUACGAAAAGGUUUGGAGUUCAUUUUUGUGGAAAGACUUUAAAUUGGUGUUAGAACCACUAAACAUCUUCAAAUGGUACUAUGAGAAAAAAAAGAAACAUUUUCAUAAAUAUUGACUGUAACUGCUGUUUCUGACUAAAAUAAUAACCAUCUAACCACUUGUUUCUAGGCAUUGCCUCUUCCAGCACUUUCAAGUAGCUGUGACAUUAAAUAUUGUCAUCACAGUCCAUCAGCUAACCACCCUUGACCUUGUGCACUUGGUCUACAGUUUCUACAAAAAUAUUGCAAAUUUUGUAUUCCAAACAAUUUGUUGAUUAAAGUGAUCAACAAUCUGAAGAAAAUGUCACCACUGGUGAUUUUUAAUUCACAAAGACUAUAUCUUAGCGAUUUUAGUUUUGUUCAACCUUAUUUGGCAAAAUUUUCAUCUGUAUAGAUAUAUGAUUUCCUGGAGAGUGUGUGUUAGGACCAAAAGACAAAUUAGUAUCAAUAUGCUAAAAGUACUUAGCCUUCUAAAUAUUUGUAAUUAUUAUUACAUCUGUUUAUUUCAGACUUGUUCUCCAGCACUUAAAUGUAAAUGUUUGAAAGUUUCAUUCUAAAAUGUGUAUUACUAUAGGGAAGUUUCAAUUCAUUUUCAUCUAUGGAUCAUUACAUUUUUUAUUUGUAAACAUCUUGAGAUUUUUAUGAAUAUUAAACAUUCCCUUAUUUUUCCUUAAAUUUUAUACAAAGCACUUUAAUGAUAGAUGCAACUUAAUUUUUCAGUUUCUAUUUUUUUUAAGUACCACACAUUUACUAAUGUUAAUAUGAAGGUAGUAAAUAGCUUACUUGUAGUUUAUGGAUGCAGACAAUCCAUGCACAACCACUUCUUGUGAUACUAGUUUAUUUCUUUAAAUACUGCUAAAAAAGGAAGAUGGGGGUGUAAACCCUGCUUUUUUUCCUCCCAAGUAAAAAUCUUAAAUGACCACUUUAGAUAUUUGAUUUCUACUGUAAAAUUUGAAAAAUAACGAAUUUCUGUCCAUUUUUGCAAUCAAGACCUUAGGAAAAACAGAAGUACACCUAUCUUUAUGAAAUAUUGGGCAGGUUUUUGUGUAUCAAUAUUUUGUACUUUUUGGGGAAUAUUUUAUUUUUUAGUAAUUUUUGUCAAAUUAUAAUUUUAAAAGGUACAGCAGAGAAUAUACCAUGCUUUUAUAUAGGUCUACACCUGUACUUAAGAGGGACCCUGUCCAUCUAUAUACUUUUUGUAUAAAUUUUUUAAAGGAUUUAAGAUCCACAAGGUCAUAAUAAAUGCCUCUAUAGCUAGAAAAACAUUUACCCCUCCCAGUGCUUUGCACUAAAAUAUACUGUGAAAGGAAACUAGAAAGACUGUAACUGUUGCUGGAAAUGUUCUAUAUUGAAUGUACAUGCUCUUGUUGGAAAAAUGUACUAUAUGUGAUGGAAAUAAACCAGACUCAAAGUUAUUUCAGCUGAAUGUUUCAACAAAAGGUGCAUUGGUUGAAACUUAAAUGUUUUAUUAUCAAAUUUAAAUUUAUUCAGUGACUAUGAGCAGGUACACUUGAAUUAUAUCCUGAUAGUUGUAUUUUUAAGAAUUAGAGUAAUUUCUUUUUAAAGUAAUUUAAAAAACAGAUAUGCUUUUCCACAUAUGGAAAACUUGUACUUAUAGGUCUAACUUUAAUGAUUAAUAGCAUAAUAUAUUUAGGGAACUAAAUGUUUAGGUGGUAUUUCAUUUAUAAACCAUCUUCAUUAGUUGCACAUUAUUAAACUGUAUGUUUGACUUUUCCAAGGUGUUAUCUUUUAUGCUUUCCUACACACAAGACAUCUUCCAAAGAUAUUUCCCAGACUUAAGUGCCUAUAACCAGUGAAAAGAUAAUGAGAAUUCUUAAAAAGCUUGGGGCAAAUCUUUGCUGCAACCUCUUAUCUGUAUGUCAUCCCUUUCCUCUGCUUUACUUGUUAAAUACUGUAGGGGAGAAAGUGAAAUAGCCUGAUGUUGGUUGAGGGGAGCCCAAUUUUUGAAAUUCCCUUAUUCUUACCUGUUUUCACAGGGCUUUUUAUAGUUUAUCUCCUCCAUCAUAACUCUUGGGCCACAGAGCAGAAAUUUAGAAGGAGGAAUUGAUUUUAGGGACUGUCAAAAUAUUUUAUCUGGUUCAUAGAGAAAAAAAAAAUUCACUGUGUCAGAACUUUGUUUAAAUUAAAAGUGCCUAGAGAGAUUAGAAUAAUUGUAUUAUAGUAGCCAAAUUAAUAAUAGGUCAUGGGAGACAUAGGAGUUAGAGGCUAACUGGGACCAGUUUAGAAAGGUAGAAUGAAAAAUAAAAAGUGGAGAUUUUUUUGUUCUUCCUAUUCCUUUCUGGUCUUCAUCCUUACCUUUUGGUUUUAUUUUGACUUGAGCUGUGUCAUCUCAGAGGUUUAGACUUGAGGUUCUUGAGAAGAGGCCUAAAAAAUUUGUACCAGAAGCUUUUCUGCAUGUAGGCUGUAUAAGUAAAUAUAGCACUUUUAAUUUAUUUUAGGGAGGAGUAGUUAAAUAGGAAAAAGAACCAUCAGAAACUUUAUUUUAUAUUAAGCCCUAUCUGGCACAGAUUAUAUCCACCUUUGCUAUUUGAUCGGUUAAGAGUUUUUUUAAUAGAAUUCAACUCAUCUUCCUUCCUGAAGACACCUUCCACUCCUAAGUGUGGUGGGAGAGGAAAAACAGUGAAAGGUAUGGCUUGUGCUUCAACUUCAUACAUUUGGAUAGUGCAAUUGAGAGCUGAAUGAGGUAUGGCUGACAUUGGGCAGGUUUGUUCAUUACAACAUGGAGAUAGUCCAUGUAUGUACAAUAGCCAUUUUUUUGGUUCAUGUUUUUUACACUCUUCCUCCCUACUUCAAGAAGAAAACAUGCUUGAAUAAUACACGUACUGAAGAAUAUAUAAAUAACCCGCCCUUAAUUUUUAGCCUAUUGUAUGUAUGGGCUAGUUUUCAGUUGACAUGGAUGGCUUGUAUUGUUUGAAAGUACCUUCACAUUUUUAGGAAUAUGUAUUUGUUAUAUUGCUUAAUGGUCAAAAGGCUGGUCUAUUCAGUUUGCUUUAGAGACCUGUGGAUGCAGUAGCAGGGAAUUUUGCAGUUUUGCUGUAGCUUGAGGCUGUGGGUAUAGAAAGAGUAGUUUCCCAUUAGGUGUUAUGCAAGUAGGUGUGGAGAUAGAGAUGCACAAGUGGAUAGCAUUUCCUGCUCUGAUGUUGCAAAAGACCUCUUCAAAUAGUAUGGCCACUGAAAUUAAAAUAGAAAUGCUUCUAAAACUUUAAAAAUUAGGUUCCAGGUUUCCUGUAGUGGCCUAUGGAAGUAUUUUAGAUUCUUAUUUAGAAGUUGUAGUUAUUUUCUAAUGGACUCCAUAGAUUACUAGGAUUAUUAUUUAACCAUGGCUCUUGUAGUUUAUCUGAAGAUGAGUUCUUAAGAUAUGUGCAGCAUGCUUUGGCUGUGGUGUUAGACAAAAUCCUUCUGUACUCUUUGGUAUUCUUGCCCUCUUCUCGGACUUCAGGAACUAACAGAAACCUCAUGAUUAAAAAGGAGUUAAGGAUCCACAUUCUUAAAAAUGGCUAUUUGUUGUUUGGUUUCCAAGGCAUUAAGCACAUGACAGACUGUGGAAUAAAACAUAUUUCACUUAAACUUACCUACAAUUAUUUUGGCUUUUCUAACUUUCCAAAUUCAUUCCUCCUUUCUUUUUUAAUUUGUUUCUGCAACCCUUUCCUCUGAUUUCUGAGCUUCCAGGUCUUAUCUUUCCUUUAUUCUCUACUGGUUUAUUAACAAGAGAUCAUUAGUACCAAGAUAGCUAAAACAUUUUUUGAGAAGCCUAAAGAGUGGAAAGUAAGCUCAUUUCUUCCUGACUCUUUAUUGCUCUAUAUCCAGUUUAUCAUGUUUGAUUACUCAUUACUUCUUCCUGUACAUAGAUUCACCACUACCACACCACAAACAGAGGAGUACUUAAUGAAGACCAUACGUAGGUGCAACUGGUUGGGAAAAUAACCCAAGUUGGAGGGUUUGCUGUUUGUGCCCACUUUGUAAAAUUAAUUUGCUUGUGUAUUUUUGAAGUUAGGGACUUAUGUCUUGAUUAAUUUUGUUUAGUGCCUAGCAUGUUUUCAUGUAUACCCAGGCACUUUAAAUAAAUGUUUGAUAAUGAUAUUAAAGUAAAUAGCCUUUUCCAUGUCAAAA